AUGGUGGGAGGUGGUGGCAGUAAUUCCGAUAUCUCCUUUGCCGGCACUUUCGCCAGUAGUGCUUUCUCUGCAUGUUUCGCUGAGAUAUGUACUAUUCCUCUGGACACUGCCAAAGUUAGGCUUCAACUUCAAAAGCAAGCUGUAGCCGGUGACACGAUAAACUUACCUAAAUAUAAGGGAAUGCUGGGAACAGUUGGAACCAUUGCCAGGGAAGAGGGUCUUUCAGCGCUCUGGAAGGGAAUUGUGCCAGGGUUACACCGUCAAUGUUUGUAUGGAGGUUUAAGAAUUGGGUUAUACGAGCCUGUUAAGAAUUUGUAUGUUGGGAAAGACCAUGUUGGAGAUACACCGUUGGUAAAAAAAAUUCUCGCUGCAUUAACAACUGGUGCUGUAGCAAUUGCAGUGGCGAAUCCUACCGAUCUUGUCAAAGUUAGACUUCAAGCAGAAGGAAAAUUGCCGCCUGGCGUGCCAAGGCGCUACACUGGAUCAUUGAAUGCUUAUUCAACAAUUGUGAAACAGGAGGGAGUAAAAGCACUUUGGACUGGCAUUGGCCCCAAUGUUGCAAGAAAUGCUAUCAUCAAUGCUGCUGAGUUAGCCAGCUAUGAUCAAGUGAAAGAGACCAUUUUGAAAAUUCCAGGCUUCACUGAUAACGUUGUCACACAUCUUCUUUCUGGUCUUGGGGCGGGUUUUUUUGCAGUCUGUAUUGGCUCCCCAGUUGAUGUGGUGAAGUCAAGAAUGAUGGGAGAUUCUAGUUACAAAAGCACGAUUGAUUGUUUUGUCAAAACAUUAAAAAAUGAUGGACCUUUAGCCUUUUAUAAGGGAUUCAUACCAAAUUUUGGAAGGCUAGGAUCUUGGAAUGUGAUCAUGUUUUUAACUCUAGAACAGACUAAAAAGUUUGUUAAAAGUUUGGAAUCAGCCUAA